UAUAUAUCAGUAGACAUCGUGCUGCACUAGUUGGAGCAUUCUUCAGUUUAACACGUAUCGAGUUUCAAGCAGUUAGAGUCUAGAACGAUUGGGAUUGCCACUUCACGUCAAUUUGCGAGCAUUGGCAACGGUUAUCUCGACGACCCGACUCGUCGACGACAUUGAGAGCGACUAAAGGCGACGACAAAGCAUCAGAAGGCCGGAUCACUCGACCAUCUAUCUAGCUGUCUUUCUCUUUUUCUGUCUAUAUAUAUAUAUAGAUAUAUAGAUAUAUAUAUAUAUAUAUUUCUCUUUCGUGGUACCUCGACCCGUGAUCGCAGUACAACGCACCAGUACAUUAUCGCCAGACGUAUCGGACUGCUCUUGGGCAGGAAGACGACCCAACUGUCUCGACUUUGGGCUCUCGCGAGCAGCAGAUUUUCACGCUAGAAAGCGGCCGUCCAGUAGGGCGAUACCAUUUUAUAUGACUUUACUUCGACAACGAGAAACAUCCAGGAUAUCAUCCAAAAGGAAAGGACUGGCGUGUAGCAAAGGCGGCGGUGACAGCAGAACAUUUUUAUCCGAUCGGCGAGUAUCAAACGGCAACACCAUCACCACCCACGAUUGUUUGUUUCCGUGCGAGUUAACCACCGAGUUAACAUCGUCAUUAUUACCAACCUGGUACGACCGACUGCCAGGCUUUCUCAGAGCGAAGAGCAACGGACAGGCAGCGUGUAUGAUCAUUGAAGAUUACACCCCUACCCCGCCCACCACCGCCAAGAAACCGAGGCAGCACCCAAGGCAUCAAGAUACCAUCCAACGAUUCUUAAACCUUCACCUGGUCCUGCCCAAAAACAGGACCUCAAAAUUUUCCAGUAAUAGGCAUCGGAAGCUACAACCGUUCAGAGAAACGUGACUGGUGUUAGCAGCGGGUAGCGGCGCGGCACGCCUUACCGCUAAGGACUAUAAUCCUGAGAAAAGGGAGAACAAUCCUGACUCGACACGCUGCUAUUACGAGCCAUUGCGAGCAGGUAGCCAUUGCCUGCUACUGGCUAUUGCUGGCUGUCAAACUGCCGCUGGCAGAAAACGUGCGACAGAGGAAAUCUAGAAGAAUCAGGACAAAGACGUUACCUACUUGAGGAACAAACGAAAAAAAGCUCGAACAGCAAGUCCACCGUCAUCUUGAAUUGCUCAAGCUAAUCGCAAUUCUUUUCGUCGCAACUUGUCAAUAUAUUCACAACGACGUCUCGUUGGAAAUUAUUGUCGGCCGGAGAAGUUAAAUUUGUCAGAAGUAAGAAGAGACGUAAACAGCAGUCACUAUGGGGAGCGUGAAUGUCAAUCGCAAUGUCAGCGAUGCCUUCUAUCGUUACAAGAUGCCACGGAUUCAGGCAAAAGUGGAAGGUAAAGGAAACGGCAUCAAAACAGUGAUUGUCAACAUGGUAGAUGUAGCAAAAGCCAUAGGUCGUCCAGCUACAUAUCCGACUAAAUAUUUCGGCUGCGAACUGGGCGCACAAACUCAAUUUGAUUUUAAGAACGAACGCUUUAUCGUCAAUGGUUCGCACGAUGCAACGAAACUGCAAGAUUUGUUGGAUGGUUUUAUCCGAAAAUAUGUCCUUUGUCCAGCUUGUGACAAUCCGGAGACCGAGCUGAUGGUUAGCUCUAAGAAGGGGACGAUAUCGCAAGGCUGCAAAGCCUGUGGUCAUCAUGGUCUUCUGGAGAGUAACCAUAAGUUAAACACUUACAUCUUGAAAAACCCGCCGAGUCUGAAUCCGGCGGUGCAAGGUAGCUCGUUGACAGAGGGUAAACGUGGCAAACGAGCGAAGCGCGCCAAUGGCGACCCCGCGGCUACGGCCGCUACUGCUGCCACUGCUACCACCAACGGUAACGAUCGAUCAGGAUCACCGGAGAGUGAGACCAACAACACUGGGGAUAUUGUAGUGGAACCUCCACCGGAAAGAACAGUCAAUACCGAAGAAGACGACGACAAAUGGGCGGUGGAUGUAUCUGAGGAAGCGGUUAGAGCUCGUCUUCAGGAUUUGACGGACGGCGCGAAAGGUAUGACCAUCAGCGAUGAUCUUGAUAAGAGCGAGAAAGAGCGCAUGGAUAUGUUCUACAAACUGGUUAAAUGCCGUCGCGACGCUGGCCAACUCGAUAACAAUCAUAAGGAACUUGUGGCCGAAGCGGAGCGACUCGAGAUCAAGACCAAGGCGCCGUUGAUUCUCGCCGAAUUGCUGUUCGAUCAAGGGAUUGCCGCGCAAGCGAAGAAACACCGCGUUCUGUUGCUUCGUUUCACUCAUGACGACAUCAAAGCGCAGAAGUAUUUGAUCAGAGGUAUUGAGCAGGUGAUCGCAUUGCAUAAAGACGCUCUGAUGCCGAAAGUUCCUGGAAUUUUUAAGUUAUUUUAUGAUGCUGAUAUUUUGGAAGAGAAGGCAUUUGAUGAGUGGGCGAGCAAAGUCAGUAAGAAGUAUGUCUCGAAGGAUCUGUCGCAAGAAAUUCAUGACCGUGCUGUACCAUUUUUAACAUGGUUGAAAGUUGCAGAGGAGGAGGAUUCCGAAUCCGAGGAAGAAGAUGACGAUUUAGAGAUUGAAUAUGAUGAUAGAGCCAAACAAGAAUCUUUGAAGCAACAACAGCAACAGUCACCGCCCGCGCCGAAACCCGCCGCUGCCGCUGUCGCAAACGAUGAUUCCGACGAGGAUGAUUUCGAUAUUGAUGCCAUUUAAAGCACUUAUAUUACACGUACAUGCGCGAACAGACAAUGGAAAGCUGGUCUGAUAUAUGUAUACGAGAUGAAUAAUCAUUUCCCUUCUUAAACUCAGAAUAUACAAAGAGCAUGCAGAUGGACGUAAUAUCAAGUUAUACGCAAAAAUAUAAAUAUAGGAGAUGUUUCGUUGUAUUUUAGGCCACUGCGAUUAACAAUACCGUUUACAUGUGAGUCAAAAAAAGAAAAGAAUUUUAAUUGUUCUCCCGAGCGUUUAGUGUGCUUUAUUUUUCCUGUACAUACAGUGAAAUAUUCGUGCUACUUUUAAUUUGCCUUAACGAUAAUUGCUCACUUACUGAACGUUUAUUAGUCUUAAUUAUUGUUUGUUGUUGGAUUUUAAUUGGCUCGGAGAUGCGCGUAUAUCUUUAAAAGCAUCUUUUAUAGACAUACAAGAUCGAUAAAUUUCAUAAAUAUUGAAAGUUGGCCUGCUAAACACUCAUUUUCUUUAUUGUAUCUUCUAAUUAUUAUUAAUAAUCAUAAAUAAACGUGAUUUAUUGAAA